AUGUCCGACAUAACCAUCUGCGGCCCCAAACGGGGCGACAAAGGUCCAUUGUUUGAAGAUGCCAUGAAGAUUCGUAUCCCUGUGUUUGUCGAAGAGCAGCACGUCCCCACCGAGAACGAGCGUGACAGCGACGACCUCCGCUCCCUCCACUGGGUCGCCUACGAGGGCGCAACCCCUGUCGGUACCAUCCGAAUUGUCCCCCCGCACGAGCACCGAGGCUACUUCAAGUUGGGGCGGUUGGCAGCGUUGAAGGAGUACCGGGGGAGAGGUGUAGGGCGGCUGCUGGUCGAGGCGGCGGUCGAGUAUGCGAGGGCGAAUCCGGUGGAGAUGGGACCGAUUGGAAGUGCAGGUGGGGUAGCAGAUGGGGAUUGGGAUGGGAGGUGUCUGGUGCAUGCGCAGACGGCGGUGAAAGGAUGGUGGGCGGGCAGAGGAUUUGUGCUGGAUGAAGGAUUGGGGGAGUGGGAUGAAGAGGGGAUUAUGCAUGUGGGGAUGUGGAUGAAGAUUGUAGAGAAUGUGCCCCCAACGUUGCAGGGGAAGGCGUAG